AUGUCCAUGAUUAACGAUAUCGUCGAACAUUUCAAUAAUGAGGACCCUCUGCCGCCGGCUCCUCCAGCCCCGGUAACUCCUCACACAAAUCAAUCAUUCCCUAAAGCCUCAAGCACAAAGUUUGCUUCGUGGCGAGAACGCAAGCUACAGCGCGAGAAGGCUGGCCAGAUAUUUACACCGCCAGGAUCAAGUACCCGAAACAAAAAACAGCAACAAGGAGAAGAAAAAGAUACCCUUGCAGACUCAUCGAUUGCUAAAGCUCUGAGGAAAGCACAACAGAGACAUGGCGGGAAUGCAAAAAAGUUUACCGAAAGUGAGCGGAUUCACAUUGAAAACUUGGAAACACUUGCACGAAUGUCGCCAGAGGAAAUCGAGCGUGAACGUAAUGAACUGCUUGCUAUGAUGGAUGAACACGUUUUACGUGGACUACUGAAAAGAGCUACGGGUCGGGGUGCUGGAGAAAACGAACUGGAUGACGAUGAAGUUGCUAGAGUGCUGGGGCAAAACCCAAUGGGAGAAAUGGAUUAUGAAGAAGAAGAAGAAGAGCUUGUAACUACGGUGGAUAAUAAAGACGAGGAAGCAGACCUUCAGGCUACAGAGAAAAUGCGCAAAACAAUGGAGGGCUUUUCAAUUGCCAAUGUUGGCGUGGAUGGGCUUACUGACGACGAGCGAUACCCGUCAUUUGAAGAGUUGCAACAGAUCCAAAAAGAAAUGGAUGACGCUGAAGCUGCUGCAGCCUCCAAUGUUCACUUCCCGCAGCCGCGCGAACACGUUGCUGCAGAGCUUGAUCCCACAGACCCGCAGUUCAAUGAGAAACUACAUGCAAAGUAUUUCCCCGCUCUGCCAACAGAGCCCGAGAAGAUGGAAUGGAUGCAACCUGUGGAUGAGGCCAAGGAAGAAGAAGAACUACAACAGGCCGAAACGUUAGGGUUACUACCACGCGAGUUACGGUUCGACUUUAAGGGUCACUUAGUAUCGCCGCGCCAGGGCCGCGAAAUUAGUGUACGUGCCGGGCUUCACCACCAUGGCGAUGCGCCUAGUUUAGCAGGCUAUACAUUACCAGAACUAGCUCAUCUUGCACGUUCUUCAGCUGCGAGCCAGCGUGCACUUGCCAUUCAGACACUUGGUCGCGUGCUGUUUCGGCUUGGCCGCGGCCGUGACUAUGGCCAACAAAUUGGUGCUGGAUUAUGGGGGUUAGUUGAUGAGACUCGUGUCUUGGAAUCGUUGGCUGAGGCCGCCGACGAAAAGAAAACCCGAAGUGUAUCGGUGCGUGCAUAUGCCGUUGAGGCCCUAUGGUUGUGGCGGCAGGGUGGUGGUGCCCGGCCGGCCGUAUGA